AUGGGUCUUUUUAUUUCUCUCAGUGUACAUUGUAGUAUUUGAAAACAAAAUAUUUCCCUCUAUACCAUGCAACCGUGCGCAUCGCUUUAUCACUUGUAAUCAAAAUGUUUUUAUCACUCAAUUAGAAAUACAGGAGAACUUCGCCCACUAACACCCACUUACCAGCUGAGAGUAUUGUUCAAACGCUCUUAGCCACCUGCUGAUUAGUUGUUGCGUUUGAUGCUAAAAACCAUUCGCUGCCACAAGAACCAUUUAGUAGUCAGUCAGUCAAGUUUCGUAGUUGACAUUGAACCAAAGUAAUGAGUGGACGACGCACGGUGAUUAUCUUUAAAUCGGAAUCGGAGAGCAGUGACCGGUACGCGGAGGAGCUGCAUGCUAACGGUUUUAAUCCGAUAUUUGUGCCCACACUUAGUUUCGGCUUUAAAAAUCUGGCGCAACUACGUGUUAAGCUUCAAACGCCAGACCUUUUCGCCGGCAUAAUUUUCACAAGCCCCCGCUGUGUGGAGGCUGUUUGUGAAGCGUUGCAAUUUUCCGAAUUGCAUAGCGGUUGGAAGCUAUUGCAUAAUUAUGCAGUUGGCGAGGUCACACAUAACUUGGCGCUAUCGUCACUGCAACAACUCUUCACGCAUGGUAAACAAACAGGAAAUGCACGGAAUCUUGGUGAUUUCAUAGUGGACACCUUCGAUGGCUCGCGCGAUUUGCCAUUGCUGUUGCCUUGUGGAAAUCUCCGCACCGAUUUGCUGCUUUCAAAAUUGGUGGAGAACGGUUUUCAAGUGGACGCUUGCGAGGUGUACGAAACAGUGUGUCAUCCAGCGCUGGCAGAGAAUAUGGAACGCGCACUGCAGGCAGAUAAUAUAGAGUAUUUCGCUUUCUUCUCACCUUCGGGUGUAAAUUGUGUGCAUGAAUAUUGCAAAGCGCAUAAUGUGAACAUGGACAAUUGGAAGCUGGUGGCUAUAGGACCGAGUACGCGUUUGGCUAUCGAAGACCGUGGCCUGCGUGUUUUCCAAACAGCUGAGCGGCCAUCGGUGGAGUAUCUUAUCAAGGUUUUACUGAAUCCCAGCGUGGGUCGACCCAGACCCACUGGCGAGAUAAAAGCGGAAGAGUAAUAAUCAAAGAUCAUGAAAUUUGGAAAAUAACUUGUGGCUGUUAAUCGAAUAUUUUGACUCUCAUGUCUCUUAUUUACCUGUUUAAAUUCAAUGUGACAAAGUGCCCUAACGAAUAUCUAAUAUUGUAUAUAUUAUUUACAUUUGAGUCGUCCAGAAAUCAACUUUAAUUAGAAUAUCUGCAUUUUUCGAAGAUUGAAUGAGAAAGUUUAAAUAAUUUCUUCAAUAUUCUCUCUAACGGAACAGCUUGAAAUUAUGAUUUUCAUUACUUAGAUAAAUUUUUGAAAAAUUUCGUAAAUGUAAAAAUUGAAUCGGAGUCCCAUUGACACAAAUUGCUAUUAUUAGAGGAAUUAA